AUGUCUCCACCAAAAAGUAGUGUAUGGAAAAACUUUACAAAAAUAGACAGUACAACUGCUGCGUGUAAAAAGUGCUUUAAGCAUUUGAAAUCAAGCGGCAAUACAUCAAAUUUAGCAAAACAUUUAAAGCAACAUCUCGACAGCGCUAGGGCCGCCAGUACAAGUUCAGUAAUUACUAAUAGUAUUGGUGAAGAGAAUAAGAAUUCAGAAGAAUCAGAACAUGAUGUAGCUAGUACCAGUUCCAGUAGUUCUCAGACUCAGCUUACUCCCAGUACUCCCACUGAGAAUCACAGGCUCUCCUUGUGUGAAUGGGCAUCAGCACCAAGUACCAGUAGUGCUAAAUGCAAGGCACACAUUCACGAUACUGAUACUGACCACCAACUGGACAAUCAUUUUAACGAUGAUUUUCAGAUGGCCGAGGCUGAGCUAGAUAUUCGAAUGGAUAUAACAAAGACGAAGAACAAAAAUAUUGACUAUUCAAGGACAUCUGCUACUACUACCCCUCUCAAGAGUCCCAAGACAUUUACAUCUACACCUAGUAUUAAAGAUGCUUUGAAAAGAAUCACAUCAUAUAAAGAGGGCGGGUCGAGACAUGCUGCCAUCACCCAAUGUAUUUUGUACUUUAUUUGUAAGGAUAACAGACCGUUUUAUUCUGUAACUGGGGCAGGGUUUAGAAAACUUAUGCAUGAAGUAUGUCCCUCAUAUAAAAUUCCUCAUCCAGAUACUUUUAAAGCAAAAUUAGUAAUAAAAUAUGAUAUCAUGAAAUCCAUAUAUGAGGAACGAUUGAGCAAAGUUCCCCAUAUUUGCCUCACUUUUGACAUGUGGACAGAAACAAUGCAAACCAAAAGUUUCCUUGGUGUCACAGCCCAUUUCCUUACAGGACUAAAAUUAUCAUCAAUCACUUUAGCAACUAGACAACUUUUUGAACGCCAUACAGGUGAUAACAUUAGUGAGCAAUUGGAGGAAAUCCUAAAAUAUUGGAAGAUUACUAAAGAACAGAUUGUUGCGGUGGUAACAGAUAAUGGUGCAAAUGUAGUGAGUGCCGUUACAAAAUCAUUUGGACGAAACAAACACAUGCCUUGCUUUGCCCAUACGGUAAAUUUAAUAGCAGAAGUUAUUACCAAAGAUCCCUUAAUUUUGCCAAUUUUGUCUAAAGUGAGAGAUAUUGUGAAGUGGGCUAAGCGAAGUGUGACAGUUAGCGACAAGUUGAGAAAAAUACAGCUUGAUAAUGAAAUGUCUAAUGGAAUAACAAAAAAACUUAUUCUUGAUGUACAGACUAGAUGGAAUAGUACAUAUUAUAUGCUGGAAAGAUUUUCUGAACUUGUCACAGCUGUUAAUCAAGUUAUUAUAAAUGACACUGCAGCUCCACCAAUGUUAACAGCCACAGAGCGGGAUUUAGCUAGACAAAUUCAAAUUGUUUUGAAACCAUUAGAAUUUGUGACUAGAGAGGCUUUUGGAGAAUUGUACAAUACAAUAUCCAAAAUAAUACCAAUGGUUAACUGUUUAAAAAACCAAUUACGAAAUAUAACAUCAGAAUUGGAAAUUGUUAUGGCAUUGAAAAAAAAGUUACUUGAUGAAAUAACUAAAAGGUUUGGUAAAAUGGAAUACAAUUACUUUUUAUCAGUGUCAACUUUACUGGAUCCACGCUUUAAAAGAAUUCACUUUGAAGACCCACUCGCUUGUUCUAAAUCAAUUGACUACAUCAGGAAGAUAAUUGCUAGCCAACAAAGUUCCAGUGAGUCAGAAGGAGAUGAUUCACCAACACGACCAUCUAUAUCAGAAGAACAAAAGAAAUAUGAUUUUUGGAAUUACCACAAAACACUGGCACAUGCUCAAAAUCAGAAAAGCCAGCAGACUACUUCAAAAAUCAAUGAUGAGCUGACAGUUUAUUUAUCCAAUCCAGUCAUGCCACUUAAUUCCGACCCAAUGACUUACUGGGAGGAAGUAAAACAAGUAUUUACGUCUCUCUACAACCUAGCCAUUUCCCAUUUUUGUAUUGUUGGGACAUCAGUACCCUCAGAAAGGCUUUUUUCCAAAGCCGGUGGUACUGUAACUCAAGACAGAAAUCGCCUUUCGAGUGAGUUGCUAGAAAGAUUAUUAUUUUUAGGAGAUUGUACUGAAGACGAAUGGUUUGGAUAG